AUGGCCAACGACGAAUAUGAUUUUCUCUUCAAAGUGGUGCUCAUCGGAGACUCUGGUGUUGGUAAAUCCAACCUUUUGAGUCGUUUCACCCGCAAUGAAUUCAACCUGGACUCUAAGUCAACUAUCGGUGUGGAGUUCGCGACCCGAUCCAUUCAAGUCGACACGAAAACUAUCAAGGCACAGAUCUGGGAUACUGCUGGUCAGGAGCGCUACCGUGCGAUUACCUCUGCCUACUACCGUGGCGCCGUCGGUGCCCUCCUUGUUUAUGAUAUCAGCAAGCACCAGACCUACGAGAAUGUCAACCGGUGGUUGAAGGAGCUGCGGGACCACGCCGAUUCGAACAUUGUUAUCAUGCUUGUCGGUAACAAGAGCGAUUUACGCCACCUGCGUGCGGUGGCCACAGAAGUGGCCAAGGAGUUUGCCAGCGAUAACAACCUUUCAUUUAUCGAGACAUCCGCCCUUGACGCUAGUAACGUUGAGCUAGCUUUCCAGAACAUCCUCACAGAAAUCUACCGCAUUGUCUCCAGCAAGGCUCUCGACUCUGGGGAAGGUGGCCAACAGGUCCUCCCCGUCCCCGGCGGGCGUGUUAUCGAUCCAAGCGAGAGCGACCCGAAUCAGAAGAAGGGCUGCUGUUAA